UGUUGAUACAACUGUCGUUGUUAGGUUAGCUGUCUCUAAUCACGGCGAUUCGAUAGCUGUACGUUGUCAACGGAAAGUCGCGAGAGAAUGACAUCCUGCUUCGAGAGCAUGCAGGUGCCGUCCUGCGUGUGGUUUGAGGGCGGUGAGAAAAGGAAUGCGCUCGUCUCGAUGUUCGCGGGCACGCUGUUUUUCGUCGGCUGGUGGUUUAUAAUAGACGCGCACGCAAAAUAUCCAGACGAGAUGGCAAACGCGUAUCACGUAUGUGGAGUAUUCGGUACUAUAUCUCUUUUCAUGGUCAAUUCAGUGACAAAUGCGCAGAUAAGAGGGGAAGCUUACAACGGUGGCUGUUUAGGAGCGAGAGGUGCAAGGAGUUGGCUGUUUAUUGGAUUUGUUAUGGGAUUCGCAGCAGUAAUAGCAGCCUGUUGGAUUUUGUUUGCUAAUUUUGUGGCUGCAGGUGCACCGCAUCAUUGGCCAGGUGUAGGACUGUUCCUGCAAAACGUAUUUAUUUUCUUGGGCUCGCUCACGUAUAAAUUCGGACGGUCUGAGGAUCAAUGGGGUUAAUAGGUACGGUCGGUUGAAAAUAUUUUUAUUACUAUGUGAUCAAAUUAAGUACUUCGCAAACGUUUGACUGAAGAAACUCGUGAGACAACAACACAUCCCAUAUCGCUUCGAACAUGAAUCCAGAUUACAGUGAUGUUAAAUUAUUCUUUAUAAAAAUGUUCUUUGUAUAUUUGGUAAUUUAUAUAUUUAUAUUUCAAAAUUAGCGAUUACAUUACAGAUAUAUACAUGAACCUUAUAGUAAUAUAAGAACUGUGUAAUAGAAUUACGUGUUACUUAUGUUGUAUUAAUAGUUUUCACGUAUGAACUACAUCAUUUAUUUUCCAACGCAUCUUUUAAUACCAUUUUUGUAGCUUUUAAUUAUUUCGUUGGAACUUCCUCCAGAAACAUGAUAUCAGAAUCGAAUAAAUUGUGUCCUAAAACC